UGUGCGGUGCAGCAGACCUGUGCGCUUCAGAGACGGGGAAAGGCGAUCGCAAGCGGUUACUGAACGACAUCAAACUUUAAAAGGGCUUUAUCCUGUUCAGAUCUGGAAGAUCGCUCUCAUCGACGCUGCAGGGCGAUUCUCACAGAUCAGCCCGGUUUGAGGUGUUCCGAGUGUGCACGGGUUCAGUCCAAAGCGAUGGUUGAAUCCUGCGUCCAGACAGAUGCAGCUAAAGCCACAAUAGCUAGCAACGCCAGAACGGAGAUGUUGUGUUUUGGACUUAAUCUCUGGUGAACUCUUGAUUUUCAUCGUCUUAAAAAAAAUUGGAAGAUUUAUAAGUGUUGAGGAACCUCGUUUUAUCGCUUAGAAUUCUUGGACAACCGAUUCGACACAAAACCAGGACGGUGUACAUUUCGGGCGUCUUUGCAUUUUUUGUUGUUGUCCGUGUAUACUAUCGCUGCAAAGAGAUCUAUCAAUUCAGCACAUACAUCCGACGGGAGCGAGUAAGGUGGUGUGCUGUGAACGCAUAUCUUAUCAUCUGUGAGUGAAUUUAUUAUUUUAUCUCAAAACCAGGAUUUCUGGAGCAAAGCGAAGAUUAAUUCAGAAUUCCAAAACUGAGCAGAAGAAAUUAUACUUCAAACAAAUAAUCCGAUUUUUGAUUGCGAGAUGAAUACGGAGCGCCGUUUCAGAUGUAAAGCGUUGUUUGUCCCCUCCAUUUGAAUCUGAUCGACGUUCUGUUAUAUCUUUUUUGUUUUUUGGUGAAAGGGGAUAAAUAGAACUUUUGGUUCCCGUAACUGAGACUCUUUUGAAAGCCGAAAUCCUCCUGGUUCAAGUAUUUACUUAACCCCAGCCGGGACCGCUUUGUUCCAGUCGGUGCCUUUGGGAGGGGUUCGUGAACUCUCAUCUUGGAUUAUUACGGCAUUUCCUCUAACUUCAAUUUAAAAAGGGGUACAUUUCUGAAGAUGUAUCCUCAGGGUCGACACCCGGCUCCCCAUCAACCUGGUCAGCCAGGUUUUAAAUUCACUGUUGCAGAAUCGUGCGACAGGAUUAAAGACGAGUUUCAGUUUCUGCAAGCCCAGUAUCACAGUCUGAAGGUGGAGUAUGAUAAGCUGGCUAAUGAGAAGACAGAAAUGCAGCGUCACUAUGUUAUGUACUAUGAAAUGUCUUACGGGCUGAAUAUUGAAAUGCACAAACAGACUGAAAUUGCAAAAAGACUCAAUGCAAUUUUGGCUCAAAUCAUGCCUUUUCUGUCACAAGAGCACCAACAGCAGGUUGCACAGGCUGUUGAGCGUGCCAAGCAGGUGACCAUGACCGAGCUGAAUGCCAUCAUCGGGGUACGUGGACUUCCCAAUCUGCCUCUCACCCAGCAGCAGCUCCAGGCACAACACCUCUCACACGCGGCUCACGGGCCCCCCAUCCAGAUGCCCCCCCACCCCUCGGGGCUCCAGCCGCCUGGCAUCCCCUCGGUCCCGGGUUCGGGCGCCGGACUGCUCGCUCUGGGAGCUCUCGGCAGCCAGGCCCACCUGCCGGUCAAAGACGAGAAGAACCACCACGAGCUGGACCACAGAGGCCAAUCAUCCUUUCACUUGCCACUCGCGAUCCCAUUGGUAAAAGAGAGAGAAUCCGGUACGAAUAAUUCGGUGUCCCCAUCGGACAGCCUGCGCGCUGCGAGUGAGAAACACCGCGGCUCCUCGGACUACAGCAUCGACUCCAAGAAGAGGAAAGUGGAGGAGAAGGACAGCAUGAGCAGAUAUGACAGUGAUGGUGACAAGAGUGAUGACUUGGUGGUUGAUGUCUCCAAUGAGGAUCCAGCCACUCCUCGUGUCAGCCCUGCCCACUCGCCGCCGGAGAACGGUCUGGACAAAUCGCGGGCGAUGAGCAAGAAGGAAGGUCCCAACAGCCCUGCCUCCGUCGCGUCCUCCAGCAGCACGCCCUCCUCCAAAACCAAAGACCUGGUCCAUAAUGAUAAGUCUUCAACCCCCGGGUUGAAGUCCAACACACCGACUCCGCGAAACGACGCCCCCACCCCUGGCACUAGCUCCACCCCGGGACUGCGGCCGCUGCCAGGGAAGAUGCCUGGCAUGGAGUCACUAGCUCCAACAUUGCGGACUCCCCUCUCCAUCGCCGGUCCCUAUGCCAGCCCCUUCGCCAUGAUGGGACACCAUGAGAUGAACGGCUCCCUGACGAGCCCGGGGGUGUACGCUGGGCUCCACAACAUCUCCCCACAGAUGAGCGCCGCCGCUGCAGCUGCAGCUGCCUACGGCCGCCCCAUGGGUGGCUUUGACCCACACAGUCACAUGAGACCAGGACUCCCUGCCAGCCUCUCUUCCAUCUCUGGAGGAAAACCAGCGUACUCGUUCCAUGUGAGCGCAGACGGGCAGAUGCAGCCGGUGCCCUUUCCCCCGGACGCUCUCAUUGGCCCCGGCAUCCCGCGCCACGCCCGGCAAAUCAACACGCUGAGCCACGGCGAGGUGGUGUGCGCCGUCACCAUCAGCAACCCAACGCGCCACGUCUACACCGGCGGCAAGGGCUGCGUCAAGAUCUGGGACAUCAGCCAGCCGGGUAGCAAGAGCCCCAUCUCCCAGCUCGACUGCCUGAACCGCGAUAACUACAUCCGCUCGUGCAAGCUGCUGCCAGACGGGCGGACGUUGAUCGUCGGUGGGGAGGCGAGCACACUGACUAUCUGGGACCUGGCAUCUCCGACCCCGCGCAUCAAGGCUGAGCUGACCUCCUCCGCCCCUGCCUGCUAUGCUCUGGCUAUCAGCCCCGACGCCAAGGUGUGCUUCUCCUGCUGCAGUGACGGCAACAUCGCAGUGUGGGACCUGCACAACCAGACCCUGGUCAGGCAGUUCCAGGGACACACAGAUGGCGCGAGCUGUAUUGAUAUUUCUCACGACGGCACAAAGCUCUGGACAGGUGGCCUGGACAAUACAGUUCGCUCCUGGGACCUGCGGGAGGGUCGACAGCUGCAGCAGCAUGACUUCACCUCGCAGAUCUUCUCUCUGGGUUACUGCCCAACUGGAGAGUGGCUGGCUGUGGGAAUGGAGAGCAGCAACGUGGAGGUCCUGCACCACACCAAACCAGACAAAUAUCAGCUCCACCUGCAUGAGAGCUGCGUGCUGUCCCUCAAAUUCGCCUACUGUGGUAAAUGGUUUGUCAGCACUGGCAAAGACAACCUUCUGAACGCAUGGAGGACCCCUUACGGGGCCAGCAUAUUCCAGUCUAAGGAAUCAUCGUCCGUCUUAAGUUGCGACAUUUCAGCUGACGACAAGUACAUCGUAACAGGCUCUGGUGACAAGAAGGCAACAGUUUAUGAAGUGAUCUACUAAACUGAAGGGAAGGACCUUGCAGAGACUUGUCCACCUGCGGCAUGGGGGGGGGUGGCCCCUCCCCCUUCCCCUCCCCCUUCCCCUCCACCUUAACACCAAAUGGAAUGUUUAGUGGGGCGGACCGUGACAUGCAGAGACGUGGCCCCAGGACUUGUUUUUUUGUGGCUAUCUCUGGAUCGUUCUGGUGUCUUUCCUGGCUAUGGACUACACAGGGUUGUUCAUACUCUCUAAGAGUUUUUUUUUUUUUUUUUUUUUUUUUUUUUUUGGAGGGUCUGGAUGGAGCCCCCUGCACAGCAGCUCAUUUGCUAGUUACUGACCUGAGUUCCUACGCCACAGUACGAGUAAAUAUCGUCUGUCUUGGGAUUGUUGAAUAUUUUUUACUGGAGGAAAUGUUCCUUAAUGUGACCGUGGAGCAGAGCUUCAUGUUAGACACUUGGCCGUGCUCCUUGAAGACCUGUGAAAAGUGUAAAUAAUGGUGUAAUAAAACAGAAACAUGUUUAUAUAUUUA